AGCAGGCGGCCGCCUAAGAGGAUCCGAGGCGCGCCCCUUUGGCCGCGCGCCCGGCCGGCGGGCGAUGGGCGGCUGCCGCUGAGCGCCGCGGCCGCCAGGUAUGGCCGCCUUUGCCGGCGCGGUGGUGGCCGUGACUUUUGUGCUCGGCGUGCUCGUAACCGUUCUCGUGUACGUCUUCGCAUUCCGGCGGUCCUCGGAGCGUUCCGACGGGUUGGAGUUGCUGGGCGUCGAGCCGGAGAGUACUCGAGGGUCACCCUGUCUGCCGCGAAGAUCGACGCCUAUCUCCCGGCGUCGAGCGGCCCUGGAGCUCAAGGAGAAGCUGCGGGGCCAGUACGCCAAGAGCUCCCAGGCGGACGAGGUCUGGAUGAGCCAGCUGCCCAUACAGGCAAAGGAGUUGCUCAAGUACCGGCUUAUGCAGCGCGCCAUAGGAGGCAUGGCAGCGCUGCAGCGGAUCGACGCCGACGCGCGCGGCUACUGGCGCCUCUUCUGCAAGGGGGCGAUCACAAAGCAGUACUGGGACUCCGUGGUGGAGGUGGAGAAGGAGAUCUCGCAUGAGCUCGACAAGGUGAAGGCCGAGGCGGCGGCCGUCGAGCCGACGCAAGACCCGCGCAAGCUGAUCUCGGAGGCGAUGCAGUUCCUCACGCGCUACGGCGACCGACUGCCGUCUGCCGAGGACAUCGCCGGCAGCGCCGACGUCUUCGCGGACGACGUGCUGAAGCACCUGCCCGGCCCCGGCGCCCUGCCGGGGCUCGCCGGCAUGCCCCCGGGGGCGCUGCACGGGCUCGCCGGCAUGCCCCCCGGGGCCCUGCCGGGGCUCGGGCUGCCGCCCGCGGGCCUGCCGCCCCUGGGCCUGCCGCCCUCGGCGCCGCCCCCGCGGCCGCCCGGGGGCGCGCUGCCGCAGCCGGCGCCCCAGGAGAUGCGGCGGCGACGGACACCUACCGGUGGAAGACACCGACGAGGUCGAGGUGUCAGUCAGCGUUCCACUCACCGCGGUCAAGGGCGAGGUGAAAGUCGUCAUUCAGCCCCGCUGUCUGAGAUUGCUGCACAGGGACAAGGCCCUGGUCGAGGGUCAGCUCUGCUCGCACUGCAACCCGGAGGGUUCCACCUGGACGCUGGGAAGAGGGCAGGUCACCGUUUCCUUGGAAAAGAAGGACC